UACUUAUAUUUGCAAUUUUAAUUUUUUAUCGGAUUAAUCGUAUUAUAUAUAUUUAAUUUAAAAUGAUGAGGUAGUUGAGAUUUAGUUCAAGAUGAAGUGUGCCUUAAUUUUAUGUGUAUUCUUCACAACAGUACUAGUCAACUUCGUACAGAGCUGGAACGAGCUCUGUAGAGAAGCUAUAGAGUCAACUGCCAUGAGCGCUAUAACAUACAUGAGACUGAGAAGGCUAAAGAUGCUCUUGAGGGGCGAAGAUUUGGUGGAUUAUACUUGGUGGGCCGACGAGGUUUUAAAAAGAAUCCCAGAAUCACUCCCAUUACAUUAUCAAUAUCAACCAGAUAAAAAAUCUAAUAAUUUUAAUUUCACUUGUAGCAAUAAUCUUUGCCUAUUGGCCGGUAUAAAGUACUUUUUCUCAGUACUAAUGAAUUCUGGGUAUCCAGUUGGAACUGCUAAACCACAAAAAUUCGAUAUACCGCAACUGGGAUAUCCUAGAAAAAUCAAAUUCUCACCCUCUGAUUGUCUUAAAUAUUUAGUUGUUCUACUUUCUGAUUUACAUCACCCCUUACAUCUAGAUUUUAAUCAACCUGAUUCUAUCGCUACCAUUCCAGUUGAUUUGAGUGAGUUUCCAGUCUGGGAGAAUAUCAGUAUGCAAGCAUUAAACACAAAAAGACCAUUGUAUGGUGAAUUUCUAAAGCAUAUUUAUAUGCCCAAAUACAUCGAAGUAAAUGAGAAUGCAUGGUAUGGUUCAUGGACGCAUGUGUCAACACUUGGGUUGCGUUACUCAACUGAACUUGAGCUUUUCAAUAAUAAGACUGUUGAGUGUCUCGAAGUGUGGGCAGCAGAAACGGCAUCCCUGAAUAACACAAUCUUUGAUAAGGAAGAUUUUGUUUAUCUAAAUGAUACGCCUAGAACCAAAGCAAUUAGGUUCACAGAGAGAUUAGAUUCCAAACUUGGGUUCCUAAUGCGACUGCAAAUCGUAAUUGCAGGAGCCCGAGUGGCAAUUGUUGUAAAUUACAUUCUAUCACACAGAGAAAUCGCCUACGACGAACAAACUGGAAUCAUCAUACAGAAACCAGAACUCGAGCCACGCUCAAUCAAUAUCGGCUACUAUCUAGUGAAGAUUGCAAUAAUUUUCCUAGCACUUGCACUAGUUCUGUUGGUUUACUACGCCUUUGUAUCACUGUGUAAACGUCUGUUUAAAGAUAAGGGUCUGUUUGUCAGAUUAUUCCUGUCAAAGAGGUACCAACCCGUCAAUAAACUGCCUGAGUAAAAUAAAAUUUUAACUGUAACAUUAAUAUUCUUAAACUCUACAUAAACAA